GCGCCCCAUGUUGGUUCCACGAGAUCUGGCCUGUUUUUAGCGCCAUUGGUUUAUUUGAGAGUUGAAAAUAAUUGGAGAUUCAUCAUGUCUGGUCGACGUUUCUUGUUCAGCCUUCAGAACCUUUCUGGUUGCGUUCGUCCUGUUUUCCAAACUAGACUUCAUCACUGCAGUACCAUGGCCUCUCGCGCUCAAAUCCAGCAGGCUGCCCCUGUCUUCAAGGGACAAGCAGUUGUUGAUGGACAGUUCAAGGAGAUUUCUCUGUCUGAUUACGCAGGCAAAUAUGUUGUCUUCUUCUUCUACCCUUUGGACUUCACCUUUGUUUGCCCAACUGAGAUCGUUGCCUUCAGCGAUCGCGUUGAGGAGUUCCGCAAGAUCAACUGCGAGGUUGUUGCCUGCUCUGUCGACUCUCACUUCUCCCACCUGGCAUGGACCAAGGUGCCCCGCAAGCAGGGUGGUCUCGGAGACAUGAACAUCCCACUGCUGGCUGACCUGACAAAGGGAAUUUCCCGUGACUACGGUGUCCUGCUCGAGGACCAAGGCAUUGCACUCCGUGGCCUCUUCAUCAUCGACAACAAGGGAGUCCUUCGUCAGAGUACUGUGAACGAUCUGCCCGUCGGCCGUUCCGUUGACGAGACCCUCCGCUUGGUCAAGGCUUUCCAGUUCACCGAUGAGCACGGUGAAGUGUGCCCAGCCAACUGGACCCCUGGCAAGAACACGAUCAAGCCCUCAGUGGAUGCCAGCCAAGAGUUCUUCUCCAAGGCUGAGUAAUGUGUGGUGCUGUAUUCCCUGGUCCAAACCUAUUUAUUCAAAAAUGUCCACCGAUCGGGAUUCUGACCCGUGUACCACACAGCAACUGCUCUACCAAUGAUGGCGGUGCAUGCACAUCUCCACUGCUUGUCCACCAAUAACUCUGUGUGUGUGUGCUUGUGGGUAUCUAUGAUUUCCGUGUUGUGCCGUGUUCUGAUCGUGGCGAUGCCGCCGUCACAGUGUGUGUGUGUGCCUAUUGGUGUUCCCUUGAGACCGACAAGAUCAAUAGACUUUCUCCACUAUUAUUUAUUAUUCCUUUUUUGCUGGUUCCCUACGCUUUCUUACCCAACAGAUCCAUAAACUGAAUUCAACAAUUUCCAUUUGGAGUGCAGUUCGAAACAAACGAGUUUUGUUCCAACA